UUCAUGUGCGGAAAGUGUGUACUCCUCUGUACUACCCACAAAACGCUCAUCAAACGACGCCACUGACUCACUGACGACUGGAAGUGAGACGAUGGCAGCAGCAGCGACGACGGGCGCGCCCAAGGAAGCGGCGCAGGAGACUGGUACGCGUCUGUAUGUGCAGAACCUCCCAGCUUACGUGGACUCGGCGCGGCUGCGCGAGCACUUCGCGGCGCAGGGCGAGGUGACAGACGCUUGUGUGAUUCGCACCAAGGACGGCAGCAAGUCCCGGCGCUUUGGCUUUGUGGGCUUCAAGAGCGCGAAACAGGCGGAGCAGGCGCUCAAGUUCUUCCACCAGAGCUUCUUCGACACCUGCAGAAUUAACGUGCGCGUGGCUGUGGCGAAAGAAUCUGAUGAGAUGGAGCGGCCGUGGAGCAAAUACUCGGCUGGAAGCGGCCGCUACCAAAAGCUACACCCAGAGUCGGGCGUCGUAGCGACCUCUUCGAAGGAAGACAAGAUUUCUCCCGAGAAAAAGGAGAAGAAGGCGAUGAAGCAGGAUGAUACGAGCGGAGAGUUCCAGGAAUUCAUGGAGACCAUGCAGGCCCGAUCAAAGACCAAAUUCUGGGCCAACGAUGACGUGCAGGGGCCGGCGGAUGGCAAAGCAACUACAAAGGGCGUAGACAUUGCUGAUGCAGAGGACAGCGAUGACGAGUAUCAGGAACUUGACGCGAUGAAGUCUCAGAAUGACGAAGAGGACGAUGCAGAUAGCCAGAAGAAGAGCAAGAAAUCGGAACCCAUGUCCGAUAUGGAUUUCUUGCGCUCCAAAAUGAGCAAAAGCAUCGACAAGGAUUCGGACAAUGAAGACUCAGAUGAAGAUAUGGAAAAUGCUGACGAUGAAGAGGCCACUGAGACCACUGGUGACAAGAAGAGUACAUCUGGUGAAGCGGAGGCUGAAGAUGACAAGCCGACCGCCCGCUUGUUCGUGCGUAAUCUACCAUUCACUGCAGUAGAGGAGGAUCUGGAGGCGCUGUGCUCGACGUACGGCCCCGUGGAAGAAGUGCACAUGCCUCUGGAUGACACCCGUCGUCGUAAAGGCUACGGUUUUGUUCUCUUCCGCACCACUGUAGACGCUCAAACAGCUCUCACAGCUCUGAAUGGAAUGGCGUUCCAAGGUCGACGUCUGCAUGUGAUUUUCGCCCGCUCCAAGCCCGUUAAACUUGACCCGGAGGCGGCUCUGGCAGACCCGAACUUAACCUACAAACAGCGUAAGGAGCUGGAGCGCCAGAUUCAGGCUCAAAAGAAGACUGGAUGGAACGCUUCGUAUAUUCGCGGAGACGCGACUGUAGGCUCUCUCGCCGAGCGUAUGGGCGUGAAACGUGGUGAGAUCAUGGACAAGGAGCAGGGCAAUAUGGCUGUGCGUCUUGCAAUCGGUGAGACGAUGUUGGUCAAAGAAAACAAAGACUUUUUCGCUCGAGAAGGUGUGGAUCUCAAUGCCAUUGAAGGUGCGUUGGUGAAGAAGCCAAACCAACAACAAUCGAAGAAGAUCGAGCGAAGCACGACUGUUAUCUUGAUCAAGAAUCUGCCGCAUACCACAGAAGAGGAAGAACUGGCUCAGCUUUUCCGUAAGCACGGCGAGAUCGGUCGCUUCCUCCUGCCACCGUCCAAGACACUCGCUGUCGUGGAGUUUCUGGAGCCUUCGGAAGCUCGCAAGGCCUUUCGCUCACUGGCGUACAAGAAGUACCAGCAUGUACCGCUGUAUCUGGAGUGGGCUCCAGUCAAAGUGUUUGAUCGUCCUGCUUCAAGUGUGAACGCUUCGACAUCCGAACAGAAGGGGAUCAAGACGACAGCAGCCGUUGUGCCGGACGUGGACGACGAUGGCGAUACUGCUGUGGGUGACGCGUGUCAUACCAUUUGCGUCAAGAACCUGAACUUCUCUACAAAGGAGGCUGCGCUGGAGAAGAUCUUCUCGCGUUGUGGUAAACUACGCAAGGUCACAGUCGCUCGUCGCAAAGAUCCGAAGCGUGGCAUGUUGUCGAUGGGUUUUGGCUUCGUGGAAUACGUCGAUGCCAAGCACACGGAGCGAGCUCUGCAAACGUUGCAGAAUACAGUCGUGGAUGGUCACGCGUUGAACCUGAAGCUCUCUCAGAAGAAGGCGUCGGCUGCUCCCAAGCGCGCAGCUGGAGAAGUGGACGGUGAAGGACGCAAGUCCAAAAUCAUUGUUCGCAAUGUCGCAUUUGAGGCAACAAGUAACGAGAUCCGCGAGUUGUUUGGUGCCUUCGGACAGCUCAAACGUGUGCGCAUGCCCAAGAAAUUUGACGGCCGACAUCGUGGAUUCGCGUUCGUUGAAUUCCUUACGGAGCAAGAAGCUCGUAAUGCGUUCUCGGCUCUAGCCAGCUCGCACCUGUACGGUAGACAUCUCGUGCUUGAGUGGGCGGAGGAUGCAGACGACAUUGACACCUUGCGAGCCAAGGCGACGCGUGAUUUGACUGCCAUCAACGACAGCGAACGCCGCAAGCGUAUGAAGCGACAGAAAGAGGAAGAGGAGGACAACAUGGAUUUCUGAUAGAGAAAAGUGCUUUCUACAACAAUGCUACAGAACGCGACCCAAACGCCUAACACGCGCAAUAACUGGUUGCAAACACAAUUAUUGCUUGAGU